AAGAAACCUAUCUAUAGGUUUUGAUGGAAAUCAUCAAUUAAGAGAAAUUUGAUAAGUAUUUGGUGAAUUAUUUCAUAUUUAACAAUUUGAUUGGAAAACCAAUUAAUCCAAAAAUUUAUUAAAGAGAAGUAAUUAUAUUUAUUAAUGAAUAGGAUAAUAGUAAUUAUUAAUAUUGGAAAAAGAUAUUGGAUGAAUUGGGGAUUAAAAAUUGAGAAUAAUUUUCAAGGUUUUUGAAUGUGAUUAGAUUGAAAUAGAUGAAUAUUGUGAGUAGGAAUAAUGAGAAAUUGUAAUAUAAAUAGGAUUUACAAUAGCAAUUCGAG